AUGAAGAGCGGCAGGACGAUGAAGGGGGCGAGGUUGGUUCUUCUCCCGCAGCUUCGACAGCCUCUUUCGCUCGUUCGGGGCUACAGCGCCACAUCCGCAUCCGACGGUGGUUCGAAGGCCACGAACCGAUUUGCCGCGCAAUUUAAUGCUCUGGGCCGUACUACCCCAUCAUCGGACGAUAAAUCCUCAUCCAAACCCGAGAAGUCCGUCGAUCCGGCGACCGAAAAGCAGGCCAUGGAAAACAUUUUCAGCUCCAUCUCCCUCGCGCGUUCGACGCCUGCUUCGUCGGCCAUCAAGACGUCUCGGGAGCCGAGGUUCAUUCCCAAGACCUUGGAAGUGACGAAGCGGCGCCUCUGGCUCACCGAUUUGAAGCACUUCAAGCUCUACCCCAAGACCAUUAAGGAGUGGGUGAUCGAUUGCAAGACCCCUUGCGGC